AUGCUCGCGACGCUUUCUUCGAGUGCUACGGAGACGACCGUCAACUUUUCGCCGGAUGAUUCUGACCUCCUGGACUUUUCGCUGCCCGCGGUGGCGCACAAGGAGCUGCCCAAGCAGCUUCUCCCCCCCGCCCCCCCGCGCCCGGCGGCCAAGCUCGCCCACGGCCUGAUUCCUGUUUCGAACCGAUUUUGGUUCGGUGUUUUCCCACACGAGACGCUGCCUUCGGCGGAGUCGCUCAAUGCAAGCAAUGGCCUGACCUAUGCGCAAUUUCCCAGCGAUAUGCCGAGUGGCGCGCGGCCCUCCAAAGUGCACUGGUUCUGUAUUGACGAGGACCUCGUGUACCUGAGUUUUUCCAACGAUUGGGGUCCCCUCAACAUUGCCAUGUUUUACCGUUUUUGCGUGCAUGUGCACCAGAUGCUCAUUGACGACGAGAUGGCGUCGAUGCACCUUUGUUUGUAUACCAGCACCGAUGCGCACUACAAAGCGAACGCGGCCCUGCUCUGCGCCCUCUACGCAAUGACCAUCGACCACAUUUCGCCCGCGGACGCGUUUUUCCCCUACAGCGAGAUGGAGCUGAUGCCCUUCCGCGAUGCUGGCUACGGCCGCGCCGAUUUCAGUUUGACCAUGCAGGAUAUCCUGUACGGCAUGCGCCGUGCGCUCGACAACAACCUUUUGGACCUCACGACUUUUGAUCUGGAAGAAUACGAGCACUAUGAGCAGGUCCAGCACGGCGACUGGAACUGGAUCACGCCCCAGUUCCUCGCGUUUGCCAGCCCCAAAGACCGGACGUACAUGGCGAUGCUCGCCGCGAGUGGCGGGCAGCCGUGUGCCGUGCCGUAUACCACCGCCAAGCCGACUGGGCUGCUGCGCAGCACGGUCGACUACUUUGUCGAGCACAAAAUCGGGCUCGUGGUGCGCCUCAACAACCCGCUGUACAACCGCACGGCGUUCACCCAGGCGGGCCUGGAGCACAAGGACAUGUACUUUGACGACGGGUCGAAUCCCUCUGACGAGAUCGUCCAGGCGUUUAUCGCGGAUGCGGACCGCAUCAUCCAGAGCGGCCGUGCCGUUGCGGUGCACUGCAAAGCGGGCCUCGGGCGCACCGGUGUGCUGAUCGGCGCCUACCUCAUCUGGAAGUACCAAUUCACGGCAAGCGAGGUGAUUGGGUACAUGCGCAUCAUGCGUCCUGGCUGCGUCGUCGGGCCGCAGCAGCACUACAUGUACGAGCGCGCGGGAAUGUGGAUGCGCUGGGGCGUCGAGCACCGCCUGCGCAUCGAGCUCCAGGGCGCCGUGCCGCAGACGCCCAGCGCAAAGCGCACGCAGGACGCGACGCACACACCGCACACCGCGCCGGCGGUGAAGCCGACACCCUGCGUGGGCCAGCCGCGCAAGAGCCCCAGCCCAAAGCGCCGCCGCGUCGGGCUGCUGGGCAGCAGCACCUCGUCCGAAAGCAGCCAGGACGAGCGGUCGCGCGUCGUGUCCGACGAGCGCGACGCGACCACCGUCGAAAGGCUCGUGGAGCAGCAGACGGACGAAGAGAUGCUCGGUGUUCUCCCCCCGAAAGCGUCUGCGACCGAGAUCGCAGCCGAGAACGCGAAGCGCAUGGCGCAAGCCACGCUCACGCCCCGCGCGGCCGAGCGGCCCGCCGACGCGACGAGCCCGCGCCCCGUGGACUCGACGCGCGCGGCGCGUGCCGACUCGCCCGGCCGCACGACGCCGCGUGUGCGCCGUGCGAUGGCGCCUGCGCAGCCGACGCAGAGCCCCGCGCCGCGGCUCAAGAGCCCGGUGCGGAUGGCGCCCCGGAGCGGCGAAAAUGUGCCUCCGCCGCGGCGGUUUGUUGCGCGUCCGCGUCCUUAG